AUGGCAACCUGCAUAUCUCUCAAGGGCUCGACGCAAUGUCCCGCCUGGAAUGGUUCCUCAAUAUCAACUAGCUCCAGUCUCUACACGGAUUUCCCAUUCAUGCAGAAUGUAACAAGCGUAAAGCAAUUUGACCAGGAGUUGAGCGAUUACGUCAAAGGACGCUACGUUACCCAGAAAUAUGUCAACUACUUGGGUUGCCAAAGUGCUAAUCUCACAGAUACUGAUGAAUUUUAUGCGCGCUACACUAUUAGCGCCAUAUGCAGCGGGCUUGUUCAAAGCUCGAAGAAAGAUUGCGAUCUAUCCGAUAAUGAGUCCAAACCGCUCUGUGCCGAUACCUGCGCAUUGAUGGCUACAAGCGAGGCAACUAUCUUACUUAACCCUGAUCUUUGCCCCAAAAGAUCUGGUAAUUAUAUGAGUCAAGUCCGUUCGGACUUUACCGUGUGCGCUCUUCCCGCAGAUUCAUUAACUGUGACCUGCAUCUCGGGAGCUGACAACGAGUCUACCGAAUGUGGAUAUGGGUCGAAUCUGGUCGGCUUGUGCGGAUUCUGCGGCGCAAGUUCACCUAAUUCUACUGAUUCUUGCUGCAUAAAUUCGAACGCCGCGACUCGAUGCAAAGACGUGACGAUCCCCACCUCAUCGGCCGUCCCGCCCAUUUUCACAUCGACAUCUAGUCCGACUGCAGGGGCGUCGUCCGGCCAUCUCUCGGGAGGCCAAAUUGCGGGGGCUGUGAUUGGAGCUGUGGCUGGAGUGGCCCUCUUAGCGGCACUAGCUGCGCUGGCUUUAAUAUGCUGGAGACGAAAGCGAAGGGCUCGAAAUGACAACGCUCUGAAUCAGCCAAACCCCCAAAGGAAGGGGUUCUCUCCAAUGCAACCUAGUCCCAACCAGCAAGGUUUUGCGCCAAUUCCGGGGGGACGAGUGGCCAGGAUGUCAGCCCUGCGUGAGGCCCCUAGCUAUUCACCUGGACGCUCUCGUAAUUCUGGGGCCCUCUUUGGUGCUGGGAAAUACAGCGAUUCCUCUAAUUCGGAUCAUUACGGGGCGAGUCCCGGGGCUAUGUCAAAGAAGAUACCCCCAACCGCAGGCAAACGUACUGCCUCGCUAUCUAGCGCAUCGGCUUUGGCUGGCGCAGGUAGUGAUGGGUCACCUCGCUCCGGCAUCGGUGGUCAAUACUCAUCCCCUGAGGGAGUAGCCAGUGGCCAGUCCGAGCAAAUGUCGUCAUUCCAUGAUUAUUACUCACAAGACGACAUUCAUCCUGGGGACAAGGUUGCCGUCCUUUGGGCGUAUCAACCACGAGCGGGUGACGAGUUUGGUCUGGAGCGAGGAGAGAUGCUGAAGGUAAUUGGAAUUUGGGAUGAUGGCUGGGCGACUGGUAUUCGAGUCCCAGAGAGUGCAGAGGACUAUGAUACCCGGCAUCGAGAACAACGCGACAGUGGUGUGUCAAAUGGCUCACACAGACCGAUUGCUUCUCCUUCGCCAACCGGAGAGAUAAAGGCAUUCCCCAUCGUCUGUGUGUGUCUACCUCAGCAUUGGAGAAAAAUUAUCGAUGGGGGACAGGGUGAUGAUGGCGUAUGA